UCGCGAGUACACGUUAAUGAUUAUCAUAUUUAUCUAAUUUUAUGGCGUUUAUCAUUUAACAAUUACAUUUAGCAAAUACAAUAGAAACUGCAAAAGUUAUUAAAGUGAAAAAGUUGCUAAGAAGUGUUAAGUGGUAUAAGGUUUUUAUUCGUAUCUGAGAUGGGCUCUAAAUUGGCAGCAGUAUUUUUAGCAGUUGUGAUAUUGAUGUUACAAAACAUGGUAAGUUGUCAAAGAGGCUCUUAUGCUGGAUCACGGCCUAUCGGAUAUCCUGAAGUUGCAGACAGAUUUUUAACGGACGAAGAACGCCAAUCCGCAACACUUCCACCAGUUGCGAAUAGAUUUGGUCAAAAUGGACCAGAUGGUCAAAGGAUACCAGUUGACGCUCAUGGAGACAUUGAUUUGAUCAACAGAAUAAGCCAAUGGCCUAUAGAUCAUCAACCUUACUGGUUUAUUAACUGGCAGUUGAUAGAAGCCAGUAGAAAUCGUCAACAAAAUAAUAUGCCCACUAAUGUAAACAGCAGAAGUUCGUUCUUAGGAUGAUUCUGAAUAAAACAAUCAAAUUGCG